AGAGGGGCGUGGCUCAAGCUAUGGCUGAAAUCUUGCACCCACGUGCGCAGACUCCACAGACACGUGUGGAUGAAUACCAGGAAACCCUGAGCCUCCAAAAUGGUUCCAAAGAAAUGGAAGGAGAAGAAGCUUUGGGGAAAGGUGCAUGCCCUGUUGUUUCUGGCCAUGAGAACCUGGAAAUCCUUGGGACUCAUCUUGUUGUAGGAGCCAUGGAAGAAAGUCUAGGGGUUGAAGAUGAUAUCCAUGACAUGGAGAAUCGGGAAACCCUAGGAUUACCUACGGAUGAAGAAUUGAAAUUUGACGAUGAAGGCCAUGAUGAUGGCGAGGUUAACCCGGAAAUAGUGCGGUCUCUAUCUGUUGUGGAAAUUAUGGGAGAAAAUCUAGGGUUUGAUGAAGAUGCAGGCCAUUCAGACACGGCUGGAACUCCUCCUACUUACUCCUCCAAGCCUGUCCUUACCGAUGAACUCAGAGACAAGAUCAUCAAACAGGUGGAGUAUUACUUCAGCAAUGAGAAUCUGCAUACAGAUAAGUUUUUGAUGAAAUAUAUGAAGAAGGACAAAGAAGGGUUUGUUCCUAUUUCACUCAUUGCGUCAUUUAGGAAAAUGAAGAAGCUUGUUCAAGACAAAUCAUUGGUGGUCGCUGCACUUGGAGCCUCAUCUCAGCUGGUUGUAAGUGCAAAUGGGAAGAAAGUCAAACGAUUGCAUCCAUUGCCUGCUACAGAUGCAACUACUGCAAAGUCACGUACUGUACUGGUGGAGAACCUACCAGAAGACCAUUCAGCUCAAAACAUUGAGAGAAUUUUUGGAGAUGUUGGAAAGGUGAAUAGUGUUCGUAUCACCGAGCCACAAUCCAGUACACAUGCAUUCGCAAAGUCUAAUAAACCAGAGAUGAUGAUAAGUAGCAAGUUACAUGCCCUUGUGGAGUAUGAGACAGUUGAGGCUGCUGAGAAAGCUGUAGCUGUUCUUAACGAUGAAAGGAACUGGAGAAGCGGGAUGCGGGUCCAACUUCUUCUCAAGCGUAUGGGCAUGUAUGGAGCGGCCCCAAGAAGCCGGAAAGGACUGGUUGCUGAGAGCAGCAAUAGUGCAUCGAAUUCUGACAUUGGAGAUGAAGCAAAUUACAAAACUCAUGAACUUCACACGGAGAAGUCUGAUAUGGAGCAGGUAGAGAGGCAUUCACCAAGUGAACGAGAAGGAUUGAGAGGUCGAAGACGAGGCCGAGGAAAAGGACAUGGUCAACAUCACAAUGAUGGUCAUGGUGUGGGCCUACGAGCAUAGCGUCGUUCUUAGACGCGCAAGGGUGAGAAUCAAGGUAGUCGAGGCAAGGGGCUUGUCCUACAAGGAUGACGGGGCCAAGCCCUUGCCGAUCGACUCGUAUCGUCAAAUUCUGGACGAACUGUCGAAAUUCAAAUUGUGUAUCAAAGGGUUGAAGGAUUCGAUCUUCAUGUGCCCAUUUGGUUCUGGCUAGACCGAGUUUCUGCGAGGGUAUUUUCCCCAUCAAGUAAUGUGCCAGUUUCGGUUCUACCAAAGUUAUGUGGCGGACCAGGCGAGGUUUGACAUACGUUCUUUUAUUCCUCUUCGCCUCUUUUCCUACAGUAUGCUGCAGCCUGCGAUGAUGCAAUGCCGGGCAUGCUCUUCUUCAAAGAAAGAGCGUCUCGUGAAGAAAGAGCUAUUAGAAUGUACUACAAUGUACGAAUGUUGGUGGGAGCACGCUUCCCCUACACCGUUCCUGCCCCUGUUAUUGGAUGAAGAUAGGAGGAGGGAGAAAACAACUCCACCUGCUUCACCAAGGCGUCCCAAGCGUCUGGCUGAACUAGAGCCCGCCUCAGUCGAAGAGGCUAAGGAAAUGAUGGCGCGUCUCUUAGAAUGGAUUGAAAGUCACUAAAUCAUGAUAUAUGCUCUGUUUGCCGAAGACAGCGAGGAAUCGGCUAGGUCUUUGAUUCACUACUACUGGACUAUUUCUUAUUGACUUUAUCUAUAAAUAAAACUCGGAACUUUUUAACAAAAUCUGUGUUCGUGGUGUGCCCUGUCCUUUUCUUAUUUCGAUACCUUUAGGUGAUGCGAAAUAUCAUUCCUUCAUCAUAUACGUACUUUUGGUUUUGACACAAAGUUGGCCACUGGAGAAGGCAUAGUCAAGCGCUAUUGUUGGUGACUUGAGCAUCGUCACCAGCAAUGUCCAACGUAAUGCCUAUUGAUAUAUUCUAGUAAAACCAUGAAGUGAGCGUUGGAAGCGUCGACUCCCAAAUGAAUGGUGAUGACGCAUAAGCUUGGCUCAGGCGAGCAAUUCGCAUGAAUCAGAUUCAAGUGUUAGGGUCGGGGUUUUACGAAAAUCUCCAGCAAGUUGCCGUCAGAACUAGGAGCUUCCGUGGUUUUUGAGGCGCAUUAUGGAACAUUAUGCCAAUGCCAAAGAUGCCACCAUUACUUUUGCUUUAGUGCCCUAAGGUAGUGCAAAACAGCAUUCCCUAGGCAUGACAAGUGAAUGCAUGUGUAUGUGAGAGAGAGAAAGCACAAAAUUGAAAAUUUUUCAUUUGUAGUGAUUCUCAUUUGGGGCUUUACGCUUAUUCUCCAUCAGGUGAACAUAUACAAAGGCUAAACCCAGACUUAGUGCUUAUUUUAUGUUCUCUUUCUUUCUAACUUCUUUC